AUGGACGUCAAAUCAUCGGGGAUAUUACCAUAUCCAAAAGCAGUUGGGUUCAUAGUUACAAAUGAAUUCUGCGAAAGGUUUUCGUACUAUGGAAUGCGAACGAUCCUUUCCUUGUACCUUCGCGACAAGUUGGGCUAUUCGGACAACGGAGCCACAGUCAUAUACCAUGUGUUCACAAUGUUCGCAUACUUCUUCCCAGUGCUUGGUGCGAUGAUCGCUGAUGGGUGGUUGGGACGUUUCAGAACAAUAUUUUACCUCUCGCUUGUAUACGCCACGGGUACCGUCCUGAUAUCCGUGACCGCAAUGCCACCAGUUCGACUGCCUCAAUUAGAAUUUACAAUCAUAGCGCUCUUACUCAUAGCGUUCGGAACGGGCGGGAUAAAGCCGUGUGUGUCGGCUUUCGGCGGAGACCAAUUUAAAUUACCAGAACAGGAAAAAUAUCUAGGAUAUUUCUUCUCCCUUUUCUAUUUUUCAAUUAACGCCGGAAGUCUUAUUUCUACGUUCCUUACUCCGAUCUUAAGAGCGGACGUGAAAUGCUUCGGGGAGAAUGACUGUUAUUCCCUAGCCUUCGGAGUUCCUGGCAUACUGAUGAUUGUUUCUGUAGUGUUCUUUGUGGCGGGUAAAAGACUUUACAUAAUCAAGAACCCGGCGGGCAAUAUCCUGGGAAACGUGUCUGCUUGUGUUGGCCAUGCUGUGUUAAAAUCAUGCAAAAGCAAGGAGAAACGAGAACACUGGCUUGAUCACGCAGACGACAAAUACGACUCGAGUCUAAUCGAAGAUAUUAAGUCGCUACUGCAAGUGCUGGUCCUCUUCAUCCCUUUACCAGUCUUCUGGGCGCUAUUUGAUCAACAGGGCUCAAGAUGGACUUUUCAAGCGGAUAGAAUGGCUCAAGACAUUGGGGGCUGGACCCUGAAGGCAGAUCAGAUGCAAGUACUCAACCCUCUACUCAUCUUAAUCUUCAUUCCCCUUUUCGAAGUGGCGAUCUACCCAUUCUUGACGUGGUGCAAGCUCGUGAGGAAGCCUUUACAUAAAAUGAUCUGGGGAGGUAUUCUAGCAGCAUGCGCCUUUAUUAUUUCUGGAAUCGUUGAACUAAAUCUCUUGCCAACGUAUGGUACGCCAGUGUCGGAAGGGUUGGCACAGUUAAGAAUAUACAAUGGUUUCAAUUGCAACUUGACCUUAAAUCUAUACAAUAUGUCCAAAAACGUAAAUGACAUUAAUAUCGGUCCUUUAGCAGCAUACGAAAAAUUAGAUAUAGAAGCUCACGAGUUAAUCGAUUUGCCUUACUCCCUAAGAGGGCACGAAAGUAGUGCUUGUGCGGAUGUACGACAUGAUGGAUAUCUUCGGUUAAAAGAGAACACCGCUAACUCUUUCUUCGUCACGGCCGGUGAAAUUUAUAAGUUUACCGACAAUAACGACAAAGCUAUCGACGGAGUGAACGUGAGGUUCCUUUCAAAUACGGUUGCACCUGUACAAAUUUACAUACAAGAUAACAAUACGAAUCGAACAAAAUUAAGCUUAUCCAGUAGUGAUAAGAGGCAAAACACUAUAGGCAAGGGGAUGUAUGAUGUUCUAGUUGCAUCCAGCAGUACACAAGUAGUAUUAAAAGACUUCUCCUUUGAACCGGGCGCUGUUUAUACAAUUAAUGUAUAUGAAGACAACGGGGGAAGAUACAUGGCAAAUGCAGUAGUCAUAACGCCACCGAACAGCGUGCACAUACUGUGGCUGAUACCGCAAUACGUUAUAAUGACGAUGGGCGAAGUCAUGUUCUCUGUGACGGGGCUGGAGUUCUCUUUCACCCAGGCGCCAGCCAGCAUGAAGUCAGUACUGCAAUCUGUGUGGCUGCUUACUGUUGCUUUCGGGAAUCUGAUUGUUGUGCUUAUCGUUGAAGGCAACUUUUUAGAUGCUCAGUGGAAGGAAUUUUUCCUGUUUGCCGGACUGAUGAUAUUAGACAUGCUUAUCUUUACUGUGAUGGCACUGCGCUACAGAUACGUUGAGUUGAAAUCCAGUGCUGAGGAGUUGGCUGUAGAAGAGAUCAUGAUGCCGGAUAGAACGAUUAAGCCCGAAAAGAAAAACUAG